GACUCUGUCCUCCAAAUCCAUCGACAACUGUAGUCCUCCAUCCAGCUGCGUCUGUGAUUGUGAUUUGCGAUUUGCAAUUUGCAAUUUGCAAUUUGUAAUUUGUGAUUUGCCUCCCUCGCCCACAAUGGACUGUACACCUGUGCUCAGCUCCGACACUCCGACUUCGACCACAUCGAGUCUUCCCUAUCGGCCGCAGUCUCUAUUCGAAAUCGUUCAGAUUCCACACAAGAUCGUGUUUGAGAAUGUGUACAUGAACGGACUGCACUCACUGCGCCGGAUCGAGAUUCGAAACACGACCCCGUGCCCGCUCAUCAUCAAGCUUCGCUCCAACAUGGGCUCCCAGAUCGCCUUUCAGCUUACCAACGAAAACCUACCAUCGCGGAUCAAGCGCCGCACGCCGCUCUUGGAGAUCGACUCGGAUCGUCACCGAAAGCGCUCGCCCCCACGCCUUUCGGAGCUAUCACCGACGUUCUCGACGUCGCUCGAGUGCCUUUCUUCGUCGCUCGGUGUGGACGUCCAGGCCGAUCCAUCAAGAUGUGCUACGCCCGAAUCUUUCUUUGGUGGCGAGGACUCGUGUCCUCCCAGCCCUCCCCUGACAACCAACACAGUCGCCGCUUCAACAAUAGGCGCAUUCACCUCCGAGGGCGGCCAUCAUUUCAACCAGCUCUUUAACUACGUCAACCACAUUACCGAGGUUUAUAUUCCGGCCAGCCAGUCGCAGCACGUCAUUAUUGCCUUCCUGCCAGAUUCUCGGUCCAAGAACAGGGCCGCUGGUCGUGGCGAUCCGGGCGACGAUGCCGUGCGUGAUGACGCCUUUGAUCUCCAGCGGCUCUCUGGACCCAGCCCCGAAGACGAAACCUUUGACUUUUUCGAGGUCAACGGCCUCCUGUUUUUCUUUGGAUACCUGGCUGACCGGGGCGCCCCGGGCGUGGCUCAUUUUGAGCAGGAAGCUGGGCUCGCCUUGGACAUGGAUCCUAUUGCUCCCAAAAAGAUCGACCCCUCACUGCCUGCGACAAAGUCCGUGCGCGGCAAGCUCUUGGACGACGGCAAGUCACAGGAGAGCCCCACCACGGCUCGACUCGAUGCCGAUGCCUCCGCUCAGCUCGAGGGUGCUGGGAUCGUCGAAGGGAAAGAGGCGUCGUCUGUACCUGACUACCAGCUGACGAUCAAGCUGCGGUCUCGCGUCUGCCGCUCAGUCCUGUGGACAGACAUUGGCGAAACUGGCAUCAUCUUUGAGGACUGCGUCAUUGACGGCACGUACUUCAAGGACUUUACUAUCUGGAACCGAUCCGAGAUCGAUCUCUUUUGGAUUUUAAACACCGAGGACUUUUCCAGCCGUGGGGAUAGUUCGUGGCUAGUGUUCAGCGACCACGAUACCGGUGACCCGCUGGACGACAAACCCAUACCGGCCUUUUCACAUCGCCGCAUCCGGGUCACAUUCCGCCCAAGGGAAGUUGGCGAGUUCAACUAUGAUCUCCAGAUCGAAAACCUGAACGACUCGGACAACGUCAUGCAAGCCCAUAUCCACGCCGUUGUCCGCAAUGUCCAUCGAGAAGAGUCCCUGGUCGUCAGCAGCGGCAACUCGUUGGACUUUGGCGAGUGUCUGGCCGGGCAAUGGUGCAAGCAAAAGCUGGUCCUCCGGAACGUCUCCGAGUCGCCACUCGACAUCGCCUUUGCCGUCGACAGCCCGUCAGUCGUGUUUCAGCUCAAGAGCGACUAUCCGGUGCACGAACCACCGCGCGGCGCACAGGGACUCUCAGAGCGGUCUGAGCGGAUCCUCUUGGAGCGACUGCGGGACCUUUCCUUUGCCUCGACAUCCAACUCUGAGUUUUCGGCGCCGCCCAGCUCGACCUCGAGUCGGGCCUCGUCUCCCACGCUCUUCUCGUGGAAGGACGCCGAUUUGCUGUAUGGCUCAUCGUCCAUGUACCUGUAUGACCUGAUGAACAGCAGCAGCAGCAGCAGCUUUCGCUUCGGCGAGGGCGAGGGAGGGGUUUUCUUUUCACCCUCCGGCCGCCCACCCACCGAGGGCGUCGGCGUCAACGGCGAGGAGUUUACUCGGAUCGAAGAAAUGCAGCUCAAGCCCGGCACCGAGAGGACUGUUGAAGUCUGUUUUAAACCCGAGAUGGGCAUGGCGACGGUCGAUUUUCGUGCCGGCCGGCUGGCCAAGCGCAACUUCCGAAUUACCCUGACGUACGGACGGGACGGACACCUCGGCCGCGAGAAAAAGCUGAUUCAAUGCAAAGCACGCACAUGCACAUCGUUCAUCGAGGUCUUUCCAAAGGAGCUCAAUUUCGGCGACACCGACGUCGGCACCCUGCGGUCGUCCUCCAUCCAGGUAUUCAAUCGCUCCGAUCUCCCGACCAAGGUCGAGCUGCGCUUCAUUUCCAAGGUCCUGAACUGCCAGCCAAACGAGACCCCGGUGCCUCCGAAUCAGUCGGUCGAAAUCAAGAUCGACAUCUAUCCGCGCAAGGUCAAUCCCGACUACCGCAAGGACAUCACUGUUGUCAACGGCAUGAAUCGCGAGGACGACAAGACCGUUGUCGUCCGAUCGACCAACAUCGACAAGCACCGCGUGACCUUCCACUCGCUCUUCUACCGCAUCCUGACGCCCACGUCCUCCAAUUUUCUGGACUUUGGCGCCGUGGUGCUCAGCUCGCCCGUGGUGCGGUACUUUACUAUCGAUAACAUCACCAAACAAAAGCUCGUGCUGGAGAUCACAUCAUCGAUGCCGGACGAAAUAUCGCUCUUUACCAAAGCGGAUGAUCCCGAGGCCGCGCGCACGAUGACGCCUGCGCAGAGAGAUGCCCCCGUGCCCUCGGUCGUCACCAACCAGCGCAAGGCCAUGAUUCUCGAGUCGAUUGGCGACCGUCGAACCCUCAAGCGAUCUACCAUCGAGGCUGGAUCUUCCUUCCAGCUCACCCACACUCCCACUACACCCAAACCUGGCGUCGACACACAAGUCGAGACGCCGACCAACUCAGCCUACCUUGAUCUAGCCCAGCCAGCCAGCCGCCAGCCCCCGCGGUCGCCGCGCAAGAAAAACCCUGGCGCUGUUGCCUCCGGCCUGUCGCUAAAGCAGCUACGAUUGCAGUUUCUGAAGAAAAGUUUUGGAGAGGAGGACCGCAUCAAGCCACCGGUGUUUGACCGUCCAGACGCGCCACAUAGCAUUGACUCGCUGGAGGACACCUCCAGCAAGGGCAAGACUCCAGUUUCGAGCGUGCGCGAGACGCCAUUGCCGGCUCACGAGGAUGGCGACGAUAAGAUCCCUGUUCGCUAUCGCUCGUCCUCGAUUCAGCACGACGGCGUCAUCAUGGAUGAAGUUGGCACCAACGCGCUCCCAAUCAACCGAUUUCUAGCGCUCUGUGAGGCCAUGACAGGCACCUACCCUCCGCUCUUCCCAAAGCCAUCGAGCGAGGAAAAGUACGUGCGUGCGCAGAUGCUCCUCCGGGCCGAAAUCGACAACAUGGGCGGCGACACGCGUCUGCAGCCUGUAUCGGUGAUUGAGAUCCCACCCGAGUCGGAGCGAUUGAUCAUUGUGGUUUUCCGAGCCUCUGGACAGAACAAGCCGAUGAUCCAGGGCAAGCCAAGGAAGCACGAUGCUCGCCUGUUCCUGCGUCUGGUCGAGUUCGAUCGCAGCAACGUCAACCAGCCCCAGUUCGAUCAGCUGUUACGCGGACACCAGAGUUUGAUACCUGUGCGCGAGCUCAUGAUUCGCUCGUCGCUGUGUCGCUCGCUCAUGGACCUGGGCCAGAAAAACAUCAACUUUGGCGUCUUGGACAAGAACGAGCGCCGCACCAAGACCAUUAUCCUGCGCAACAAAUCCGAGGCGCCGCUGCUCUACUCCAUCCACAAGAGCGGCAGCAUUGCCUCGGGUGAUCUGAUCAUCGGCGAGGGAAAGCUCGGCGUUCUGCGUGGCUUCAGCAAGAAGGAGGUCACGUUCAUGUUCGACCCCAGCCUCGCCGGGCCUUUCCAGGAACGGCUUCUCAUCGAGAACAUCCAGGACCGCGAAAACGACCAGACCCUCAUGGUCAAGGCCAGCAUCCGCCGCCCGGCCAACUUUGUGCUGCAGUCCCUGAUGCUCGACUUUGGCGUCUGUUCGAUCGGUGAGAGGGCACAAAGCGUACAGUACAUCGUCAUCUCCAACACCAGCAUGAAGCACACCCGCACCUUCGAGGUCCGCUGCGACCCCAACGAGCUCAAGUUCGGAAACUGCGUCGGGCAGCUCGAGCUCCAAGACGAUAUGGCCGACCCAAGUGCGGCUGACGACGCAGGCACCGGCGAUGCCAAGGGCACUGCAAAGAAGCUCAUCAUGCUUUCGUCUGAGAUCGAGGAGAAGAUCGAGCAGCUCGAGCAGAAGCUCAAGAUCAACAAGCGCAAGGGACGCGCCGACAAAGUGCUGAAGAUCAUGGCGCGCCUGGAGAAGUUGAGGGCUGGCAUCGCCGAUGACGAAUACGGCGCCGACGAGGAGCAGCCAAAGCCCGAGUCCGAUGCCAAAGCUGCCCAGUCAGCGACCACGGAAGAGUCGGCGAGCCCAGCGGCCUCCUCAGCGACCCCCUCCGCCCCACCCCGGACAGAUGGCUCGCCGGCAGGGAAUGCCCCUGCAGCGCCUCCUGAGGGCCACUCCAAAUCGACUUCGCGGCGCUCCUCCGAGAUCAUGAGUCUUGGCGGGGCCUCGAGCCAGGGCCAGCUCUCGCAAAAGUUCAGGCGCACGGACCACUCUGUGAUCUUCUCGCUCGAGCCACGUACGAUCAAGAAAGUCUCGGUUUACUUCCGGACCAUUCCGAUCGCGUCGUCCCAGCCGAUGCAGGGGCGGCUACCGUUCACGUCGGGCAAGUCGAUGUUGUUUUCAGGUGCCGACAAGCCAAUGCAAGAGAUUUGUAUGGGCAAGAUUUAUGUCCACGAAUACAAGAACACCGAUGUUGUCAAGGAGGUCGAGUUCAAGGCGAUUGUGUCGUACGACAGCGCUGGCCUUGCAAGCGGUGCUGCCGCAAAGCCCCACAUGCCGCUCAGCGACAGCCCCCACAGUCAUCCCCAACGACCACGAUCUCCGUUUGAAAGCCGCGUUGGGAGUGCGCCACACUCUCCGUUGCCGCGGGCGCAUAACGCGGCGGCGCCGGAGCGACCAGUUACCCCGCACUUUGAUGAGAAGGUCGUCGCGGACGCUGUCGUCCUCGAUACCAAGACUGUGGUGGCUUCCACUACCCCUGCUCGGUUCCUGGUCGAGCUUCCGCUGAUUGAGCUCGGCAAGCUCGAGAUUUCGGCCCGACGCGAUUGCUACUUCACUCUGACCAACAUGCAGGACGAGCCUGUUACGCUGGCGAUCUCCGAGUCUCAUCCGGCCACUAGCCAAGUCGGCUAUCCGUCGACUGUGACCCUGACUCCCCGUGAAACCCGCCGCGUCGAUACCUGGAUCGUCCCAGGCGCUCUGGGUCGGCAACAGCACAUUUACUACUUUAGAGAGGUCGAUACGACCGAGGGCGCCUCCGUGAAUGCGACGGCGCGGGCAACCUUCAGCUACCAUGUCAUUGAGUCGGCAUAUCUCAAGUUUCCAUCGCUGGCAUCGGCUCAGUCUGGAGAACUAGACCUGGGCUACUGCUAUGUCGACCCGGCCAACAAAUACGCUCGUCUCAAGACGCUGCCGAUCGAGAAUAUAUCGGAGGACGACAUCUACGUGACUGUGGCCUCCAACCUGGCCUUCCAGUGCCUGAUCUUCACCGACUCGUCGCUCGACACCCCGGUCAACGAACUUCUCCUGCGAAAGAACUGCGGCACCUGCGUCUUCAUUGCGCUGCAGCCCAACAUUGGCAAGCGGGACAAGGCCGCUGGCCAAGUCACCUCGGUCCCCAGCGGCACACCGUCUUCCGUCAACUCGACCGCGCUCGCAUCCGAGUGCCGACGACUGAUUGGCGGCAUCCGAUUCUCUGUUUCCAUCAAGGAGAACCAAGACCUUGUCAAUGUCAUGGUGCAGACGGUCAAGUUUUCCGCAAUCAUAGGGCAAUCCAUUCUGUCGGUCUCUGAAUCCGUGAUCGACCUCGGCAGCUCCUUCCGUUUGGGCUCGGUCUUUCGGGGCUGCUUUGAGGUCUCGAACCUGUCUCAGGCACUGCCACUCGAAUACCGAGUCGAAAGCUCCAACAAAUGGAUCGAGAUCAAGCAGGACACCGGCACCAUCGAGGCGCUUCCAGCCGGUGACGAUACACAGCCAGGCAGGCGCAACAAGGUCAACUUCAAGGUCACGCCGCGCAAGUAUGGCUACUUUCUCGAGCAAAUAUCCGUUGUCAACCUCAACAACACGGCCCAGGUGGUCACGGUUGAGAUCCGCCUAUUUGUCGAUAUCCAGUGGGUGCGCGUGAACCAUAUCGUGUCCAAGAAGAAGCCCGUGCGCGUCUCUGCCAGCCCCCAGGUUGCAUCGCAUAUCGAGUGGCAGAAUGUCUAUCUCACAGCCGCCGAAAGCAGUGCCCCCGUUGUUGCACAGCUUACUCCGCCCAGCACCUGUCCGUUUGUGGUUCAAACAUGCAGCCACGGCGCCGGUAUCCAGCUCUACGAAAAGGCGUUUGAGAUCGUCAACGCGUCCGAGGAACUGAUCGAGAUCUGCCCACAAAGCGACCGCGAUGUCCAGGUCCGCUGGGUGGUUGGCCACAUGUCCGGCUUUGUCAUUGACAAGACCCCGGUCGGCCCGCAGAUACCCGAUUGCUCCGAGCUGUCGACGGAACAGGCCGGCAACCAGCGCUUCCGGGUCGUUGGUCCAAUUCUUCUGCUCCACGCAAAGCAGACCGCAACGUUCCACAUCACAGCCCCAAGGCCGACGAAGUUGACGAUGGAGCAAUACGGCCAGCUGCGACUCGGGAAGAGAAUCGAGGACUCGGGCUUGAUCAUCCUGCAUCAUCCCGAAAGGGACAUUUCACUCAAGGCCAUCAAGCUCAGGAGCGGCUAUGCUGUUUCCGAGGCCGAGGUUGAGCCACUCGCAGUCGAUGUUGGCAAGGUUGGGCACUUUACCAACUGGAAAGACGCCCCUCUCGAGUUUACUCUCCGCAAUCUCAGCCAGAUUGAGUACCAGUACGAGCUUCAGACCCCCGACGCAAUCGAAAUUGUCUCGAUAGACGAGAACACAGAGCACUUCAAGUCCACGGCGCGCAGGAUUCCUGUUGGCGGAAGCCACAGGAUCCAUGCAGUGCUCAAGCCGCGAAAGCUCCAGGCGCCGGCCACGGGGCUCAAGACGCUGGCACUCACCGUCGUCAACUCCUACAAUCCUCGCAACACCCUCCGUGUCGACAUUUCAGCCUACCUGACCUCGUUUGAGCUUCGUUUCGAGCGGUUGGUUGUUGGCGAGCUGGUCCUGCCUGUGCUGUCACACCCAUCGACGAUCAACUCGCUGCCGUGCGACUCGUGGUUCACAAUCGUCAACACUUCGGACGAAGAUGCCAAGUUCGAAAUUGGGUUCUCGCUGACCCCCGAGAUCUCGCAGUAUGUGCGCCUGGAAGUCCUUUCGCGGUUUUCAAACUCGCCGCUUGUUGGAACCGUAUCACUGGCUCCCCAUGGUGCCAUCGAGGUCCGUGUGCGAGCCUUUGCCCGUGAGGACUCCCGGAUUAGCAGCAGCAGGGGACGAGAGGGCUCGCUGAUCAACCCCGAUGGGAUUACAUUCGGCACCCUGUGCGUGACCUCCAAGAACCAGGCCGUGAUCGAGGACGAGAUCGAUGCCUCGGGAAACAAACGGCGUCUGGCCGAAACCAUCCCGAUCCGUGGCGUUAUUGUGGAGGCCCAGACCUUUGCGCUCUCGGACCGACGACUUGAAUUCAAGAGCCUCGUGUCCUCGGAUACGGAGGACGAAGACAACACCUCGCCCGAACGCUCGCUCAGCUCACCAAUCCCGCCAGAAAGCGUGGCAACCCGGUCGACGGCCCCCUUGACGACUCAGAAAAACAUUGUGACGAUCACCAAUCUCUCGCCGACGCUACCGCUGCUCUUCCAAGUCAAGCUCGAGCUGCCGAUGGAGGUGCAUUUGGGCUCGGAUGUGCUCCGCAUCUCUCCACUGGACGAAAACAUGUGCGGCACCGUCGAGCCCGGCGGCCGGUUCCUUCUCAGCGUCGAGCUGGUCAAUCCAGAAAUCGGGGGGCUCUCCGAGGACCUGCGCCUGGUGGUCACAGACCGCAACACGCUCUCUGGGAGCCCGCAGGUGGUUCUGGUGGGCAUCGUCGAAGACACGGCCGGCACGCUCAUGAUUCCUCACGAAGUUCUCAUGAAGAGCAGCAAGUCCGAGCUGUUUGAGGACAUGGAAAUCUUUGACUCGCAGCCCAUGGCCAGUCCGGACUCGGUUUCGCUCGGGGUGAAAAGCAGUGCGGAGCCGGCAGCAACAGAUGAGGACGAGGACAACUCAUGGCAGUCGGACAGCAUAUCGAGCGCGUCAUUUGCGCCAGAGCGGUCGCUGUCUCUGUCGCUGUCCAUACCGCGCUACUCGUCCAUGACCGACAUCAACCUGCCGCACCGGCGCCAUAUGGGACACAUCAUGCUCCGGGGAUGCAAGCGCGUUACCGAGUAUCAAUACGGCAAUGGCGACCUGGGCGGGCUCUACGAGCUCAAUCUUGGCCAGCAGGACGCCGGCGGACACCCUAUCAUCAAGAAGCUUGGCUUAGAAAACCAGUCGUUCGACCGCGUCUCCUAUCGGAUCAAGAUGCUCAACGAGGCCGAUCGAUCUUGGCUGGUCAUCAGUCGCGGCGAAGGCACUCUCGAGCAUCCAAAGCCAGCCUCGGGAUCGGGCAGCCUCCAUCGCGACAGCCACGCCGUUACCCUGACGUUUAUUUGCGCUGUGCGCGGUGUGUACUUUUCGUACAUCUCCAUCGAGAACAUCGACAAUCCUGCAGAUACAAAGACGCUGCGUGUGGUGAUGGAGGUGGUGGGCCGCCAGAACGUGCGCCGACCGGCCGCCAUCACCGCAGCGAUGGCCGCACCGGCGAUAGGCGCUCCCGAGCAGCUCAACAACCACAUUUUUGACGUCCGCAUCACCAGCUCCGAAGGUGACCCAGCGCUGUUGGAAAUGAAGGAUCUGUACUACGACUCGCACUACAGCGCCUACUCGAUGAUGAUCUACAACCGCGAGAACAUCCCGCUCGACUUUACGGUCAAGUCCAGCCUUACCUGCGACGACGCGACUGAGCUCCUGUUUUCGCUCUCGAGGACCCACGUCAAGCUCUUCAGGGUACUGACGAUCCAGCCCGAAAGCAGCGCGCGCGUGUAUCUAUGGGCCCGCCCGGCCCAGGACGAGCUACCGGCGAGUCGCCCGACGCUUCAAGAGGCCGACGUGGUUGAUGUAAAGGAUAUCGAGGUGUAUGUCAACUGCCGCCUCAUCAAGGACUACCAAACCAUCGUCCCACUGCGGCUUUUCUGUCGCCACCCACAGAUCCAAGUUUCGUGCACCGAGUUUCAGUUUCAAGGCAAGGCCGUGGCAGGGCCCGCGGGCGGCGAGGGCGAAGAACGCACAUGGAACAUUGUGCUGUCCAGCUGCAUGGCCGACAUGGACAUCACCAAUCUGCUCUCCGAUCCGCUGCACUACGAGAUCAUGAACGACACCAUGUACUUUGGUCUCGAGUUUUUCUCACAAGAAACCGGCGCGACGACCUUUGUUGGUCCACGCCAGGAGCGGCGAACCUGGACGCUGCCGAGUGGAUUCACACACAACGUCCGAAUCGUGCCGAUGAAGGAUGUGAUCACCCGCAACGCUGAGGUCCUUCGCCGGAGGUAUGUGAAGGAGCACCUCAUCAUUUACAACCGACUGCGGCCCUCGGAGCAGCACUGGAUUGUGAUUAGCCUCAGCGUCGGCCAUGCCGGCGAGUUCCAGUUUGCGUCCGGAUCCAACCGCUCCUUCCUUGUCCUGGAGGGCCACAUUGUGCACUUCUUGCGCGAGAUUGAUGUCAAUCUCAACAUCUUCUCGGUCAAUCCAACGGGUGCGGAGAUACACGAGCUCGACGACGGCCGGUCUCAAGACGGAGCCAGCCUGUCGACAAAAGCUGGCGAUGUCUUCUUUCGAUACAUCUACAUUGUGGACCAGCUCAUCCACUACGCCUCGCGCAACAACGGUGUCGACACCUACAUCCAGGCAGCGGCUCUGCUCUUCCACUCGCUGUUCAGUCAUGCUGUCUUCAAGGAGUUUGCUCCCGCAUCGAUCAAGCCUGGAGGCGCCCCGAUGUGGCCGCUCACCCUCUAUCCCUGGGUCGAGCGCUUCGUCCACUUCCUGUCCUUUUUCCCCCAACGACACUCGCGCCUGGAGACGCUCAAGGAACUCUCUCGGCAGCUGAUUGCCCCAUCACCGGGAAGCGCCAUCAACGGGACGUCGGUCUCGCCAGAGACCAAAGGAUUUGUAUCAUAGCCGCAUUAUCAAGCGCCUCGCAUAUUCGUGCGCACGGGAUCAAGCACAUAUCUGCCCCCAAGAUGCUGUGGCUCUGGGACCUGCGAAUACUGUGUGGUGCUGGUGGCAGCAACUGUGUUCUCGCUCUGGCCAGGUUCUG